ACUAGUACAACCACUCCAGUUACAACCACGAGUACAACCACUCCAGCUACAACCACGAGUACAACCACUCCAACUUUCACCACUAGUACAACCACUCCAGCUACAACCACGAGUACAUCCACUCCAGUUACAACCACUAGUACAACCACUCCAGCUACAACCACGAGUACAACCACUCCAGUUACAACCACGAGUACAACCACUCCAACUACAACCACGAGUACAACCACUCCAGCUACAACCACGAGUACAACCACUCCAACUUUCACCACUAGUACAACCACUCCAACUUUCACCACUAGUACAACCACUUCAACUACAACCACGAGUACAACCACUCCAGCUACAACCACGAGUACAACCACUCCAGCUACAACCACGAGUACAACCACUCCAACUUUCACCACUAGUACAACCACUCCAGUUACAACCACGAGUACAACCACUCCAGUUACAACCACGAGUACAACCACUCCAACUUUCACCACUAGUACAACCACUCCAACUUUCACCACUAGUACAACCACUUCAACUACAACCACGACUACAACCACGAGUACAACCACUCCAACUUUCACCACUACUUUGCGCCUUGGACAGGUUUGCUUCUCGGACCACUUUGGAUUUACCGACACCGCCGACGAGUGUAAAGAUCCCAACUCUAGUUGCUUUCUUGUCGACUCUGAGUGGAGAUGCGCAUGCGUCGGGGACUACUAUGAUGAUAACGGCCCUACCCUGGGGGGAAAUGCGUUCACAAGCACAGCCAUGGGGAGGCAUGCCCAGAUGUCGUCGUUGUUGAAGCCGCUACUUCCUGUAUCGACCCUAAAGCGCAAUGCAAAGCCUCCACUGUUACUGCCGCGCCGGAAGUGUCCACAUGGCCCGCCGUACCGAACACUGACUCUACCAUGUACACAGACGGCGAAACUCCUCUAUCUCGGAGACUAUCACUACUUUCAUGUGUCGACAGAGCACAUCCAUGGGGAGGCCUGCCCGAAUGUUGCCAUUGAUGAUGCCAACACCUCCUGUCUCGACCCUAAGGCGAACUGCAUUGAGUUCACUGUAACAGCCUCACCGGAUGUGCCUGCGGGAACCGCCGUACCAGAAAUUGAUUCACAGAACGGCACCAUGAACUCAGGCGCCUCGACGAAAGGCGAAACUCCUGCAAGACGGCAAUACUUCAUGUGCGCAUGCGUACCAGGUUACGUCCAUGUGAAUGGAGGGUGCCAAGUUCCACCGGAAGUAGGGGGUGCGUGUUCAACAGACGCUGAUUGCAGCUCCGUGAAUGCUACCUGCUCAGAUAACGCGGUGUGUAGCUGCCAUGGCGACACACAUGUUUUUAUAAUCGGUGGAAAAAGAACGUGUCGUCAAUCCUAUGUCCUGGGGGAUGUUUGCUACUCCUCAACCAGCGGGUAUUUCGACAAUAACACAGAGACGUGCGAGCCGCUCUACUCCUUCUGCUACUUGAGCAACGCUGACAAUACCUACCGAUGUAGAUGUAGCCAUCUGUACUUCGACGACAACGGCUACGAAAAAGGGGGAAACUGCAUUGAAACCAUUUCUAUCGGAGGGGAGUGUCACUUCCUUUCAAACGGUGAUAACCGCGCCACCUGCCGCCAAAACAGCGAGUGCCUGUUCAACCCCUGGUCGUCCACGGGCUAUACCUGCCAGUGUCCAGAGGGGUAUAAUUACAGUGGGUCCUACUGCUACUUAAAUUAG